GCUGGGACGGUCAGACCACAGACACCGAGAGACAAGAUUCCUGCUCACUACACCCGCCCCCAAAGGAGGCCUUGAGAGCCAGCCCCCGGGACACGCCUGUGCUGUGACAAGAGUGGAGGCCAAGAGGGGAAGGCUGAAGAUCCCAGGCCAGGCGGCGCUGUCGGGCUGCCCCUGCUUCCGGCCCUCUCCUUCCACUCGGGGACUCCGAAGUACCAUGGUUUCACAGGACAGCACGGAGGCUGAGGAUGCCGGGGCGGGCGUGCAGCUGGAGCCAUUCCUGCACCAGGUCGGCGGGCACGUGAGCUUGAUGAAGUAUGGCGAGCACACGGUGUGCAAGCCCCUCAUUUCCCGGGAGCAGAGGUUCUACGAAUCCCUGCCGCUGGCCAUGAAGCGCUUCACCCCACAGUACAAGGGUACCAUCACCGUCCACCUCCGAAGAGACAGCAGGGGCCACCUCAGCCUGGUGGCCCCCCCUCUGAAGGAGGCCCAGGAGUCCUUCCAGGUCUCCCCGGGGUCGGCGGUAGCCAUCUGGCAGACGCUUCAGCAGACCACCAGCAACGGCAGCGCCCACCCCCUGGCCCAGCUGGCACAGUCCCUCAAGGAGAGCCCAGCCAACGUACUUCUGAGGUCCGAGUUCCAUCUCAACACCCAAGUCUCCUCCAUGGUGGAAGACCCCAGUGCAAAGCAGAUGGAGAAGAAGAGCUUUAACCCAUGGGGCCUGCACUGCCAUGAGGCCCACCUGACCCGCCUGUGCUCUGAGCACACGGAGGACGAGAGGCACCGGUUCUUGCUACUGGAAAAUGUGGUGUCACAGUACACACAUCCCUGCAUUCUGGACCUGAAGAUGGGGACCCGGCAGCAUGGGGAUGACGUGUCAGAGGAGAAGAAAGCCCGCCACAUGAGGAAGUGCGCACAGAGCACCUCAGCCUGCCUGGGCGUGCGCAUCUGUGGCAUGCAGGUUUAUCAAACUGAUAAGAAGCACUUUCUCUGCAAAGACAAGUACUAUGGGAGGAAGCUCUCAGUGGAUGGGUUCCGACAAGCCCUCCAUCAGUUCCUGCACGACGGGACCCGCUUUCGGAUAGAACUCCUGGAGCCCAUCCUGCACAGACUCCGGGCGCUCCUCUCAGUCAUCCGGAGCCAGAGCUCCUACCGCUUCUACUCCAGCUCCCUCCUCCUCAUCUACGAUGGGCAGGAACCACUGGAAAGAACCCCCCCAGGACACAUGCAACCCCAGGAAGCCCUGCAGCUGGCCCACGGAAGUGCUUCUGAAGGUCUGGCCAAAGUUGAUAUCCGGAUGAUCGACUUUGCUCACACGACCUACAAGGGCUCCUGGAAAGAGCACACCACCUACGACGGACCAGAUCCUGGCUAUAUUUUUGGCCUGGAAAACCUUAUUGGGAUCCUGCAGGCUAUCCAAGAAGGAGACUAAAAUUUUUUAGGACUAUCUGGAAUUUUCUAGGCUACAGAGUUUGAAAAGGGACCGAUUAGACGUUGUGGUUGUCUAGAUGCUCCCUAGAUGUCUUUGUAAUAAUCAGGAAGUUAUUAGGAAGUCCGCUCCAGAGGCAAUCUCACGCAUCAUGGCAUCUCUGUAAGGCUGUCUGUCAGAAAAUGGACAGUCCGUAUAAAGUAGCAUCAUUGUGGGACACAUGGGAGAGACGCAGCAUGUCAGACGCCAGGACCACAGUAGUUGGGGCAUAUCCGCCUCUACAAAUGCUUUCUGAUCACACUGUAGUCCUCGCCGGUCAUGAAGCAAAAACCCCUCCUGCAAGAAACCUUGAAGAACGAGUUCUCAGUGCAUGGACUUUCUGCUUGUGUGGGUUGCCUGCUCCGCAGGCAGACAGCGCUACUGAAUGCCUCUUAUCUUCCUAGGAGAAAUUGUAGGAGGUACAGGAGGAGGUGGAUCACAUUUGCCCACCUCUUAUGCUUUGUAUUCAGCUUCUAAAGGGACAAGGACAUGGGCUGGGGGUGUAGCUCACCGGCAGAGAAUGUGCCAUACAGGAUGUACUAUUAUUAUUAUCAUUAGUAUUAUUAUUGCAGUACUUCAAAAUAAAAAUAACCAAAUAAAAUGGGUUAUGGACAGGCUCAGGCAUGAGCACUGAUAAGCCAAGAUCCUGAUUCUCCAUCUUUGCCUGUGGAGAAGAGGGUCUCUUUACAGACUUCUCAGGCCUAUUAGAACUAAUGAUUCUACCACACUUUGACCAUAACAUGACUCUGACCAUGAAACGCAGGUUCUAGUGGGAGCGGGGUACACACCAGGAAGAAACACUGGUGUUAAGCCGUAUUCUCUGCUUUCUACUUAUUUAUUUGGGGAGGGGGCGGGGGGGGGCUUGAACGCAAAGACCCAAGAAACCAGGGGCAAUGUUUACAAGGCUGGUGGACAAGUGUAAAUAUGAAAUGAGAGCAAACAGUUCUAAUUAAUUCCUUCCUUUGCAGUGUGGAAACCUUUUACAAUGCCCUUGAGUCCAGCACUGAGAUAUGUUUCCCAAUUAGGGAAAUAAAUUUGUUAAUAAAAUUGCUGAGGUCACCAGUGAUUAUUGGUGGCGCCUUA